AUGAGAGCAAAGUUGGAUGUCUUAGCCCUGGUCUUCAUCGGCCUCUGUGGGACCAUAACUGUCACUGCCCUGCCCAUGUGGAGGGUCUCUGCCUUCAUGGGUGCCAAUCUCAUUGUCAUGGAGGAACUCUGGGAGGGUUUAUGGAUGAACUGCUACAGACAGGCCGACAUCAAGAUGCAGUGCAAGGUGUACGACUCACUGCUAAUUCUUCCACCAGAGCUGCAGGCAGCUAGGGGGCUCAUGUGUGUGUCCAUAGUCCUGGUUGUUAUCUCCCUGUUUGUCACAGGAUGUGGGACCAACAAAAGCAACUGCUGUGGCGACAAUACAAAGAGCAAGAACAUCACUCUGGCCUUGGGGGGUAGUUUGUAUCUGCUUUCCUUUUUGACCACACUCAUUCCUGUAUGUUGGGUGGGGCAUACAGUCAUCAGCAACUUCUACAACCCAACGGUGCUGGAUUCUCAGAAACGGGAGCUAGGGGAGGCUCUCUUCAUUGGCUGGGCCACUUCUGGUAUUCUGCUGAUCACUGCCGUUAUCUUUCUGUUAAGCUACAGCAAACGUAGAUCAAAGGAGGAAGAGCCUUAUACUGAUGUGCAUCUUAUGCCAGUGAGGGAUGUACAGACAGAGGGGAGUGUGUCCCUUGGAAGGAUGCCAUCCAGCUUUCAUAAGCAUCAAGAAUAUGUCUAA